AGCGAAGGUUUGGGUUAUAUUCAUAUUCGUAAGGGUCCCAAUAAAGUUGGCAUAUUAGGGUUAGUCCAACCAUUUAGAGAUGCCAUUAAAUUAUUUACUAAAGAGCAAACUUUUCCUUUAAUAUCAAAUUUUAAUUUAUAUUAUUUUUCUCCUGUUAGGUGUUUACACUUCAUAUUGGCGGGUUUGGGCUUCUAUAUUCAAAAUUAUGCUUUAUUGGGAAGUUUACGAGCUGUAGCUCAACCAAUUUCGUAUGAACUGAAACUAAUCGGAUCUUUUGAUUUUGCUGAGGGGGAAUCUGAGUUAGUGUCUGGAUUUAAUGUUGAGUAUAGAAGAGGAGUUAAAAAUCAUUCUUAA